AUUAAGUGUAUUUAAAUUUGUGGGGCCUGAGGUUCCGAUGGCGCGGAGCGGACCCAUAAUUGACCUUAAAUAUUUCUAUAAUUUUACCCCUCUCCGCGGAGCUCUGAUUCAUGCAGCUUUGAUCUUUACAAAUAUACUAUCCUGAACCACUACUAUGGAACAACCCCAGAACCUUCGCGCUCUGUUUGCUACUGCAAAAUCAGAGAAGUCAGCAUUGGAAAGUCGCUUCGACACUAACACAGAUCAAUAUCGCAACGAUGUCAAUGCCACAAUAGCCAAGCUCGAGGAAUGCGCUCGGCUUGUUGCAGUCCUGUCGUUAUUCAGCUCGAACGAGCCGUUGGAAGAUAUCGCAACUGGGGAUUUACCGUAUCUCACGGUGUCAUACCAUCUUGCAGAGCUCCUACAGAGAUCGUACAGCUCAGACCGCGUGUCUAGCCUUCGACGUGCACUUGAGCAAUAUGAAAGAUACCUCACACGCUUGGAUGAUUACGAAUUAUUCAACGAUAAAGACAAGAAACUUUAUGAACGGUAUACUGCGAACCCAGUGUCCUUUUCGCUGACACCAGUCAACGAUGCUGCUGCCCGGAGAGAAGUGAAAAUAAAUAGGUUUAGAGAGGAAAAGGAGCUCAAGCAAAGACUUCAGUACCUCUCCGAUAAUCAAAGCCAGCUCCAGACCGACGAAGAAGAUGUUCGACAGCUCUAUAUUGCGGAGAUCAAACUGUAUACUCACCAGACGUUUCAAUCCUUGGACCUUCUUUCACAAGAGAUGUCUAUGCUAUCGGCCAUUCGCAACUCGGCACCAGCCCAUGAUCAAAUCUCUCCAGAAGAUCCUAGGCGCCGGAAGGACGCUCAACAGUCGGAAUACUCAGAACGGCUGGAUCCUCCCCUUUCCCAGCUUCUACAAGGAGGAAAGUUUGGACCGAUAUUGAGUAAGGACGGGAAACCAUUGCAGCCAUUUACACUACUUGAUCGGCGGACACAGCUCCAGCAAGGCGUUUUCCGAUCUGGUCACAAUUUACCUACUAUGACCAUCGACGAAUAUCUCGAGGAAGAGAAGAGAAGAGGCGGCAUUAUCGAAGGUGGAGAGAAGUCUGGUGUACAAGAGGAAGUUGAUGAGGAUGAUAUGGAUAGGGCUGAUGAAGAAACUAUGAAAGCUAGAGCUUGGGAUGAAUUCACUGAAGCCAACCCACGAGGCUCUGGAAACACCUUGAAUAGAGGUUAAUACUGAUUGGAUCCUCUGGUACAUAUAAAAAUUACUUUCAUAACAUAUUGUUGAGGUCCUAAUUACCCUAUCUUGCGACGCUUGUUAUACGCUUUUUUUCAUCUAUACCCUUGGGAUUCUUUCGCUGUUUGCCAUUAUCACUUCAUGACUCGAGC